AUGUCUCAAACCCCCACCCCAUCCCUCGACUUCUACACCCUCAACCUCAUAACCCUCGCCCUCAUCGGCGCGGGCCUCUCGUACCUGCAGUGGAAACACCAGAAGCGGAAAGCCCACCCCACCUUCCCGCACCCGCAAGAUUUCGAAGCUCGGGAUUUCGAGGCGAGGGAAGGGAGGGAGGGCUUGCUAGGCAACGGGGCGGGGGCAGAUGUCAAGGCCGCAGAUGGUCCAUACAUCUAUCCACUUUACAAAGACGAAAAAGCCCUCCCAGAAGCCACAGUAGCGCACCUCUUCACGACCGGUUUCCUCGCGGCAGCGCUCUCCGCCACCUUCACCGGCACUUUAGCAGACACAUACGGGCGGCGCUCCGCAUGUCGGAUCUUCUGCUUCACGUACGCCAUUUCGUGCCUUACGACGCUCGCGCCCGCUUCGUCGCUGCCGAUCCUCUUCUUGGGAAGGAUUCUGGGCGGAUUGUCGACGACGCUCAUGUAUAGUGUUUUUGAGAGUUGGAUGGUUACGGAGUAUCAUGUGCAGAGGUUGGAUGAGGCGGCGGAGAAUUAUGGAGAGAGCACCGAUCAUCAGGGUACGCUCUCUUCUUCUAAGCUGGGGCAUCCGGAGAAGAACACUUUGUCGCUUAUCAGGGACGACAAGCGACUCUGGGCACUCAUCAUCACAACCUGCUUUUUCGAAGGAUCAAUGUAUCUCUGGAUCUUCUUCAAAUUCCCCGCGCUACGGCUUGCUCAUCAGCUGAACGGCAAGGGCUCCGACUUACCCUUCGGCAUGAUCUUCGCUGCCCUGAUGUGCGCAAUGAUGCUGGGCUCGAUCUUCUUUACCUGGUACUCGGCACUUCCACCGGGGAAGUGGGUUGUUCCGCCUUCGACACUGCUCUCCCUAUCUUUGAUGGUCGCAGCGUGUUGUUUCCUCAUUCCGGUCCUUGUCCGAAAUGAGGCGAUUACGUUCUGGUGUUUUUGUGUUUUCGAGAUGUGUGUUGGUAUCUAUUUCCCGACGAUGGGUAACUUGAAGGAGAAAAUUGUGGAUGAUAGUGUGAGGGCUAAGGUUUAUGGGGUGCUGAGAGUGCCGCUUAAUGUCUUUGUCGUUGUUGGGCUGGGUAUGACGAAAGAUGGCGAGACGCAUAGGGACAAUAUGUUCCGAGUCUGUGGUACUGCUUUGAUUAUCGCUGGAGUGGUCGUUGGUCGCUAUCUCAAGGAUUAG